GACCAUCAUUGUGGUACGUCGCUGCCAUUUAUCUGUGGCGUGUUGUUUGGCGCCAAAGUUCACUUCGCCGAGCUUCGCGGGUUCGUUCAAGCUCGUUGAAAUUGUGUGUGUUCAGGUAUCGCGACGCAUCGAAAGAUUUAAUGCGCAAAAAUGUCGGAUAUACGUACGCUGGGCAAGCGAUUAGGACAGCGCAUCGAUCAAGAGGCGAUCGUGCUCGGCAGAAUCACAGGGCUUUAAACAAAACGUCGGAUGGUAUGAGCACGGAAAUAACCACGACGGAUGAUGCUCGAAUUAACGUGACAUUUCGCGAACCGCUUGACAGCAAUGCGUCCGGUUACAUAGAAGUGCGUGGUACUGUGAAGUCAAAGUCUACCAUGUCCUGCAGCAGCUUCGUAUGCUUUCCUCAGAGCAUGACAAAAGAGUUUGAUGCAGACGGUUACAACACUAUGGUGCACAUGCGCUGCGCGCUAGGCAAUAAGCUGGACAGUGCGAUGGAUAGUAAUGCAUAACAAUGUACAAAUUGCUUACUGUGUUUAUUUCUUUUCUUCUUUAUAUUCUUUUUCACACCGUAUUAACCGUUUUGGUACGAUCCAUUUCGUAAAAGUAACAAAAAAUACCGUAAUGUAUAGGGGGAAUUAUUAUAAAGACACACUUUCUUCGUCUGUACAUAAAAUGUCAAACUAGAUUCGAUGAAUAUACAAAACAUGCAAAGCACCCUAAAAACUAUAACGAAGAUUGUCAAUAUUACAUGAAUAAGAACACUUAAACCU